UGUGAGUUUUUCUACCUAUGUAUUAAGUAAACUGGUGACAGUUUUGAUUUUUUUCAGUUCUACCAUCUGAUAAAAAAAAAAUGUAGCAACUGAUCAAAUGUUCAUAAGAUAUGGUUCAACUUUCAAUGGUAUCUGCAUUGUCAAAUAACUAGACAGCAGCGAAGGAGGAGGAUACAAAGAAAUACUGCGAUAAGACCUGUUACCUCCUUUUGUAUGGAUUUUGCAUUGUGAAGAGAGGAAACCAAACAAAGAAAGGAACAAACAAACAGCAAAAAUGGAAGUGCUCUAUCACCAAACCAACAGACUACUUCAAGAGAUUUCCCACACUGAUCUGAACAGGCUUGAGCGGUCACAUUCACCAGAGGAGUACAGUGAAGUAGAGUCUUCUGUGGUGCAGAAGCUAGACACAGUGCACUCCAUCUGCAAUCGGUUAGACAUCUUGAUAAACAAAGAACCUCCAGCCAGACGAAUGAAUGCAAAGUAUAGAGUGGAUCAGCUCAAAUAUGAUUUCCAGCAUAUUCUGAACUCCUUCAGAGUCCUACAGCAACGCAGACAAAUACGAGAACUUGAGCAAAAAGAGAGGGAUGCAUUGCUGUCUCGGAAAUUUACAACAAAUGAUCAGGAAGAAACCUCCAUAUUUCUAGACCAUGAGCUGCAACAUCAUGAUAAGCUAAGGGAUGCCAACCGAAAUGUUGAUGAACUACUAGGUGUUGGUGCAUCCAUUUUGCAAGGCAUUCGAGACCAGGGAAACACCUUGAAGGGAGCACACAAGCGUGUUCUGAAUCUGGUCAACACACUUGGCUUGUCCAACACAGUCAUGCGCAUGAUAGAGAGACGAUCCACUCAAGACAAAUACAUCUUGAUUGCUGGCAUGGUCAUUGUGCUCCUUUGUCUAUAUUUUGCAUUGCGAUAUUUGUAGACUUGGAGUAAUGUAUAUUCAGAGUAACUUUUUAGGUCAGAUAUGUAUAUAUAUAUUUAUUUUCAUAUUUGUAGGUUUGUAAGACCUCUUUUUCUUCUCCCUUCUCAUAUAAUGUUCACAAAGUGAGGCAUAUAUACUUGUUUAAAAGGUGUGUUGUUGUAAUGUUGUGUGAGUGUGUAUGUGUGUGUAUAUAUAUAUAUAUAUAUGUGGACUGUUGGAUACCAUUUGUCAAAUUAAGAUACAAAGGUGCAUAUUAAUAUGUACAACAGACCUGUAUGAAGAGCGGUUUAGCAUGAUGUUCCACUCAAGAAUUUGAGGCAGUUUGUUCAUGGCAACAAUGGCUGGUACUUUUAUAUCUAUAAAAUUGAAAUAAAUACAGCCAUGCUUAACAUAAAAGUGAUAUUCAGAAGUCAAUACAAGAAAUAUUAUUACUCUGCAGGUGCUUUUUGAAAUUUAAUUUGUACUAUUUUUGUUUUCUUUAUAAUUUUGUUUGUGUUUGUGUGUCAUCAUAUUCUGUAACGUUAUUAGAAAAAUCUUUUUAUAUUUUUGAUGAAUAUGCCAAUAUAAAAUAAGGGUUAUUAUAAGUCAGCAAGAGCUUAACAAAGGGAACUUUUAGACUUCUUACUUUGUUCUUUCACAAAAAUAAAAUAUCACUAAUU